GAUGGAUCAUGGCGGCUGACAGUCUUUCGUUCCCAUCCUCUUAGUGCGCAAGGGGUGGUGAGAUAUCUUCGAUAUAAGACAACCAUUUCUUCUCAUCAUUUUCAUCUUUUCUCUAUUCUCUCUUCGUUCUCAACCAUCGCUGUGUCUUUUGUCAUUGUACAAACCACUUUCUUUCUUUUUGAAACUUCACUUUCAUUCAUUCCCUGGUGGAAAAUCAAUCUCUUCAUUUUCUUCCUGUCCAAUCUUUCCAACCUACCGGUCUUCACCAACCAAAACCAACCAAAACCAACCCACAACACGAAAUCAAGAUGCGCUCCUUCGCUCUCCUCGCUGCCGCGGCCGUCGUGCCCCAGGCUAUGGCCCACUACGUCUUCCCUACCCUCAUCGUCAACGGUGAGCAGACCGAGCGCUACCAGUACGUCCGCGAGGCCAAGAACUCCAACUCUCCUGUCACCGACGUCACCUCCGACGGCAUCGUCUGCAACAUCGGCGGCAACGACGACGACGUCCUCGCAAAGACCCAGACCAAGGCCGUCAACGCCGGUGACGAGGUCGGCUUCAUCGUCGAGAACGACAUGGGCCACCCCGGUCCCCUCGCUGUCUACCUCUCCAAGGCUCCCUCCGGCGUCGCCUCCUACAAGGGUGACGGCGACUGGUUCAAGGUCUACGAGCUGUCCACCUCCAACAUCACCGAGGCUGGUCUCCAGUGGGCCACCUACGUCAACAACGCCGGUAUUCACAACUUCACCUUCACUCUCCCCAAGGAGGUCCCCACCGGCGAGUACCUGAUGCGCGCUGAGCACAUUGGCCUCCACGGCGCCGGCACCAAGGGUGGUGCCCAGUUCUACAUCGCUUGCGCUCAGAUCUCCGUCACCGGUACCUCCACCGAGACCCCCUCGCCCGUCGUCAAGUUCCCCGGCGUCUACACCGGCGAGGAGCCCGGUCUGUUGAUCAACAUCUACUACCCCGCCCCCCAGAACUACACCGUCCCCGGUGGCCCCGUUGCCUUCUCCGGAUGCGAGGACCACACUGCCAACCUUCUCGGCCAGACCUCCGACGGUGACUGCACUGGCUCCGAUGGUGCCACCACUCCCACCACCCCUACUACUCCUACCACCCCUUCCACCUCCGCUGCUCCCUCUGCCGGCAUCCCCGACUACAACGGCGGCAACAGCACCAGCCCCGCUGAGCCCUCUGCUGCUCCCACCGCUGCCGCUGGUGAGGGUGGCGACUGCGAGAAGUCUGCUGCUCGCCGCCGCGUCCGCUCCAUGCGCCGCAAGCUUGCCCGUGCUGCCUCUUUCUAAAUCAGUAAAGAGAGUUGAGAGAGAGAGAGAAAGAGAGAAGUUGGAAAAGUCUUUUGGACAUAAACCACUGAGCUAUGCUAUCACCACUUGGUAUUAGCAGCGCUCAACACAUUAUUCUUGUACAUACGUAUGACUUAAGACACUGGAUGUAAAUGCGAUUAGAUAUCGGGCGAUCCUUUGUACAGAGGCGUCCUCAUGUUUGAAAUAUGAGAAUCAUUCCAUAUGAAA